CUCACGGUCAGAGUCCAACCAGACAGAUUCAGACUGAUUCUGGAUGAUGAGGUAAUGGAGUCUCAGUAUCACCAGUUUGGAUCGUCUGAUAACAGCCCUGUCAGCCCUGUCCCCGGAGAGCUCAGAAUGACUGCGCAAACUGGUAUGAAGAGGAUAGUCGUGUAUGUCCUCUACGGAGUUGUGGUGCUGCUGCUGUUAAUUCUGCUGAUGGUCACUGGGAUAAAAUUUUCCCAGUUAAACAAGGAAGUCAUUAAUGUCAAACUCAGCCUGGAGAGGAUCCAUCUAUCAUCCAGUUCAGGUGCAACUUUGCCGGAGGUCCCCUUGCAGAAAAUUGCCCCAGUUCGUGGAACAUGUAGGGAAGGAUGGGUGUCUUUCCAAGGCGGCUGCUACUUUCUAUCCACCACUGGCCUGAUCUGGCACAGAGCAGAGACGCAGUGCAAAACACUCGGAGGACACCUGCUGGUUCUGAAUAAUGUGGAGGAACUGGACUUCAUCUCACAAAUAGUUGAAAUCACACACAACUAUUGGAUUGGACUUGUGGAGCGAACACACGAGGGACACUGGAGCUGGGUGGAUGGAACGGACUUCAAUACAACCCCAAAUUACUGGGAUGUUGGUCAGCCCGACAACUGGGACUACAGAGAGAACGGAGAGGACUGUGGGCAGAUUCACGGCUUUGAAAGACGCAUACGCAAACAGUUGAACGAUGCAGACUGCGGCCUGCAGUAUCGAUACAUCUGUGAAAUCAGGGCGUGAGAGACAGUGAACCUGUCUGAACCCUCACCAACAUGCCAGGCCUGGUUUUUUGGAAAAUAAUGGGUCAAAUUAAGACUGAAUGAUAUAAAUGAUGUGUUUCAGAGCAAUUUAUUAAUUUUGAAUUUCACAAGAGAUGAAGUUGCAUAUACAGUGCGUUUGUGAGGUAAUUGUUUGACAAUAAAACAAUAACUAUGAAUACAAUGACACCUGUUGACUUUUAAUAAAGACACUCUUCAGUGUGUUUCUCUCU